AUGAUCUUCGUUCCGACGGCGCUGAUCAUUUCCCUCCGGUUUGUGGCGGGACUUACCGGCGCAAUGUUCGUUUAUUGGCCCAUCCACGACGUGAUUGAGGUGAACGAGCGCGCCUACAACACGUGCAGCAUCAAUAACCCGAUCCGCGCGUACAACGAUGGAGAAUCAGUGGUCCUGCUGGACAGAGCCGGGACCAGAUACUUCAUUUGCGGGACAGGUCGACACUGCAGACUGGGCAUGAGGAUGCAGGUAGACGUGCUCCCUCGCCCUGAGGCCCCUGACGACGUCGGAAGAAACCGCCGUCCACAACCUCCUCCAAAACCACUCCCUCCUGUCAUUGAGAUGCCGUCUGGUCCCACCACCUCCGCGUCUCCUCCCCCUCAGUACGGUUGGGCUGCCAGGGCUGUUGCCUUUGCUGACGGAACUUGUUUCAUCUCAGGUCUGCUCUCUUCCUCCAUUCUCCCACUCACUAUGCUCCUCGUUUUAGGAUUCGUGCACUCCUACGACUGA